CUACACGAGCUUGACACUUUAACCUGACAUAUAAUGCUGAUAAAGGAAACCUUAGAGGACUGCAGAGGCGCUGAGUUUCAUUGAACGCUUUAAGAUAAGCAGAAGUUACUGUGACCCUAUGACCCCGAGUUAACGACCCCGUUGCUCUGUGACUGUUUAUUCAGCUGAAGCAUAACAACGAAGUUACGAGAGGAGCUGAAGCAAACGCAGUGAAACUAACUUGGUCAAGCUGAUUGGUCGUUGAAGAUGGUAAAGUUCACUUUCCUCGGGGACAGCUUUAAGUGAAGGCGGGUGCAAUUUCCUCUCCCUUGCUGUCCUACCUUCCCCGAACCCUCUAUGGAGUCAGAGCACGAACAGCUACUCCACAAAAGAAUUUGUCGGUGUUCAUAAUGACAUAAUAAAUAUUAUCUUGUGCUGGGAGGGUGACUGUUAGAAAUGGCCGGUCAGCCACUUUCUACUGUACAAAAGGACAACCAUGGGCAUUUGUCAGAUAGUGGUGGACCAACUUCUGGUGGAGGACGUGUCAAAGGCUACGUACAGGUCAUAACUGACCGACAAGCGUCUUAUUUGACAGGUAAUAAUCUCCCACUCCUAGAGCUGAAGAAGAAGUCAGGGGCGGAAGUAGACUUUGACAAAAACUUAUCACCUGUACCAGGUAUGAAGAUCCUCAUCAUCCGCGGUAAUCCACAUCAGAUCGAGAAGGCAAUCAACCUUAUGAAUGCUGCGUGUGGUAUUGAGGAAACCAUGUUGGCACAAGCUCAGGAAUUUUGGCUUCGAUGGGUGGAGGCCGCGUUCCCUGAACUCGACUCACGCGCCUACUUCCUGCCUCCUGUCUACUUCAACCGCGUGCCGAUGACCAGGCAGACGGUAUCUGGUCAGGAUGUUCUGGUCCUUCAGUCAGCACCUGGACAGCCUAAUCAGUCUAAUCAGAUAUCUACUACUCAAACUUCCAAUUUCAAUCCUCAUGUUCAAGAAAGUGACAUUAGAGCUUAUGAAGCCUUCCAACACGUUCUCUUCUGUUUGCAGAAAAAGUUUGAAGAUAGCAAAGAAGUUUUUGUUGGACUAAGUCAGCUUCGGUUCGGACAGUACCUAGAUAAACCUUGUUACGCUGCCGCGGUUGACAACCUACCCCUAUCUAAGACGUUGCCAAAGUCUUCGUCAAAAGAUAGACAAGGAGCGUUUUCUUUGCUUCUUAUUCACCGAUAUUACGGUUUUGUAGUCUGUGAGGUGAAGUCUUUGGGUAAAAACUAUAGCAAAAGUAACAUGACAGAUUUGCAAUUAAAGGACUGCAUACGGAAUAAACUGAAACACGACAUCUCACAGCUGGACAAAGCAGAGAAAAUGUUGUCUCACCUGGUGUCUGACAUCGCUCCUGAGGUGCGCAUCACUAAGACGAUUGUAGUCCCAAAUAUCACGGCUGUCCAGGUACAACAAGCCAUCUCUGAUGACUCUGAGUUGACUCAGGACCUGUGUCGAUGUCUGGGAACAACAGAAAACGCCGACAUCCCAGGUCUGUGUCUGUGCUCUGACCAGUUGUCUGACCCCAAGACCCCGUGUGACGUCAGUAGUCACGUGCUGAGGGAACUCGGACACUGGUGGCAGCGACGUGUGGCUGGGGCUGGACCUGACCCUCACAUGACUGAUGAUAUCUACAAGAUUCUUCUAGCCAGGUUUUGUGGACCGGCGACAACAGUUACUAUCCCAUGUACAUCUGCCCCACGCCUGUGUCUCAAGACCCUGGGUCAGGCCGCGUCCUUUACGGGGCAGUGCUAUACUGCUGUAAUCACACUCUUCCCGGAGCAAGUUCACCUGCUACACACGGCGCCUCCCACACUCUUUGUCACCGGACCGCCCGGUACAGGUAAAACUGUGGUGCUGCUGCUGAUGGCCAUACAGUGGCUGCAAUGUGGUCACCACGUUCACAUUCUGAGUACUUGGUGGAUUAGUCGUGCUGUGUGCAUGAUAUUGUACCACAAACUUCUACAAGCUGUCAGGAUGGAACGUAUACCAGGGGUAUCUCCCGAAAAAGUUCAUCUCCAUGAGCAUGAUAUUUUACUGGAGAAAAACAUGAUGAAAGCUGUAACUGACUUGUCCCAGUGCGCAAAGGAAGAAUCGCUGUACGUCAUCGCUGAUGAAGUGGGACCUGAGUCAAGGUCAGGCGAUUUUGGAACUUUCUGUGAAGAGCUGAUGAAACAAGUCCGUCGUCUCAGUAUUUGGGCUGGAAGUUGCUAUCAUAAUCAAGCACCGGACGGCUGGCAAGUGGAAUAUUUAAGAAGACCCCUCCGCUCUCCGCCGACCGUCGUCAGGGAAGUCGACAAGACGUGGGACGGUAUCGUCAGCACCUACGGCGAGCGUGGUGUGCGUGACCACACAGACGGUCCACCAGUGAAGCGACUAUAUCACAAAGGCCAGGGUCACAUAAGUGAACAUCCAGGUGACUGUAUGGAAUGCGGUCGGGAGGUGGCCAGGUUUCUACGCAGUCUCCGUGUUGACGAGCCAGGGAGCCACACUGAGAUUGUAUACAACACAGAAACACGUAAAGUAACAACACCACCAGCACUCGAGUGGAGAGACAUGAUGGUGAUGUAUUAUUGGAUGCAUUAUACUGGUGUGAUAGAGGGACUACAAGAAGCAGGUAUCCCAGUGCGGGUGAUGAAAGAUGAUGACAUCGAGGACGUGGCCACGGCCAGCAGUGACGUGGUGUGGGUGGCCCCUGUCGGUCGAGUUCGUGGUCUGGAGAGAAAAGUCGUCGUCUCUCUUGAUCCUGACAUUAAUACAGUUCGACUUCACCUAGUAUCCCGGUGCACCUCACAGCUUAUAAUUGUUUUGAAAGACGAACAAUAACACAUAAAGAACACAGUAUUUAUUGUCUGAAGGAAAGUCUUUCAACACCCUACCUUGAUCGUUCAGUAAUAGAUCAUUUUUACACGUUAAGGUAGUCCACAUUGUUAUUGUAAGCUAGUCGGGAGUAAAUGAAAUCGCAAUACAUUUUGCCACUAAUUUUAUGUUUCAUGACGAAACAUUUCUGCAAAAGAAUCAAGAAAGUCGACUGAACAACUAAGAUCGAUGUCACAAAAUUCAUUUUUUAAAGUCAUUCAAAGAGAAAGGGAUCGAAAAACGAAAAAGGUGUGUGUGUGUGUGCAAGAACGCGCGUGCAUUAGUGUGUAUGUGAACGGGGAGAGCAGGAACGUGAUUUGGGUGGUAGUAUCGGUGUGUGCGUCGGUGAGAGCGUCUGAUGAUGGCUAUUUCUUUUUUGACCUAAACAUCUUUGUUGAGAUGCUCUAAGAGCAUAAAAGGUGAGGAAAAGGGCUGAGGCCAAAAAUGAGUUUAGCUGCUGUUUUAGGAGCUAUCUUGUUUAACUGUAUUGGGGAGCGUGGCAGGUUUCAUCAGUAUUGUGAAAUCAUGUUCAAAACCAGAUUUAUUUUGUAAAGUCCUAACCAGACUUGUUAGAAGUGUUAACCUAUUCAUUUCAAAUCCUGCUGUGCUUAAUCUGCGUCAGGUUUUGCUCGAGUCAGUUUGUUUUACAUUUUAUGAGUGGCGUAGAUGUAUUAUUGUAUUUUUCGUAUGACGUAGAUGUGUAAAUAUAAAUUAAUUGAAAAAUAUUUUUAUUGCUUACAUUGACAGCUAAGCUGACAACAGUAUUGUGCUUAAAAUUGCUGGUCUCUUGAUGUAUAGCAAACUGGUCUCCGUUUUAUUUAAACUCAUUUUGUUUCUGACAACUCUUUCGCAGAUGAUGUUUACCAGCUGUUCCCCUCCCCCCAAACACACACACACACACACUGCUUUCCAGAGUAUUUAAGAUUUUGUUUCAGUUGUGAGGAUAUAGAUCACCAGUAAUAAGCUGAAAUAUACAAAGAUAAAAACAGAAUCUUUUAUUUUUAUCUAAGAUGAAUAACAGAGUCCUCUCCCAGUAUCUGUUAGGAAUGACAAUGCUAAUAUUCUCUUUGCAAUUUCAGCACGAAAUUUAAGACUCAUAAUGACUGCAUAUUUGAAUGUUGAAAAGAAUGUUUGUAACCCUCACUUUUACUACUUAUUACAAACUCAGCAAGAUCAGCUUCAGUCAUCACACUUUAGCAACUCAGACUGUCAAGUUUCUCAUUUAGUAUUUCCAUAUAUCCAAAUUAAACUACCGCAAAACUCUUCUUGCUGGCUUUUACCAGUAUUUAAUUCCCAUCUGACUGUGGUAUUCUAUCCACUUCUCUUAUGGAGACCGUCACAUACGCACGACGUGUUCUCCAUCUGUGCUUCUAGACAUUGGAACACCCUUCAUACCACAUUCACUGUUCUGAUUCAAAGGCAGUGUUAAAACUCUCAUUUAAAAUAUAUUUGGUUCACAAAAUAUGAUGGAAAACUAUUAUACUUGAUUUUUUGUACUCAUUUAGUUACCACUAUGCAUUAACAGAUUUAUUUUAGUUAUAAUAAUAAUAAUGAUGAUGAUGAUGAUGAUGAUGAUGAUUGAUGAUUGAUGAUUGAUGAUUGAUGAUUGAUGAUGAUGAUGAUGAUGAUGAUGAUGAUGAUGAUGAUGAUGAUGAUGAUGAUGAUUCGUACCAUAUAAUUUUGUUUUCUUCCAAUUUGAGGAUGUCACCUUCACUCUACAGUGACUUUCAACGAAAUAAUAACAAUCAAACACAACAACAGUUAAAUUUAAAGAUAAAUAUAAUUUGAAAAAGAAAUCUAAUAACCACGAGCAAUUGAAAUAUUAUAUAUUUAUAUUGAAAAAAGCUCAAACAAAAUCUAAAUCCCUUAAAUAAUAUCUAGUCCGAACACAUUAACCGAUUCUUCUCUAGUAAAAAAUCCAAAUGUUCAGUCGCGCCUGACGACGCAGUCCCCCCACGAAGCUUCCACUUCAAAAUAAAACAGUCUCCACUCCUGCCUCGGCCCUUCCAAUCAGACAGCCGACAAACACAAAGCAGAUAAGAAGACGAAGAAAUAAAACUAAAACCUGAAGAAAAGUACCAGGAUUGAAAAUACGAGAUAUCACUUACCAAGGCAUACCCCUAAACAAUAACCUACUUUCAGCUAUUUACCUCAUACAGAAAAAAAUUAUGAAUACCAAACAUUGGCAUAAACACAAACUCACCUCAACAGGUUUAAUUUGAAAAAGUUUUCUUUCAAGUCUGGUCUGGACAUUUACACAAGAAAGUCUAGUCAGGACUUUUACAAUAACGAGGAGACUGUCAAGUUCCCCGACCCAGUCAAGGGAGAGAUAACCACACGAUUAACGCAAAUCCCUACCCUUCCCAUUUUCUAUCCCUUUCCCUUACGGGGUGUGGGCGGCUCUAAAGAGAAAAGUAGUCGUCUGUUUGGAGACAGAACUAGUCUCACUGACCGACGGCAUAACAUGUCACGAUGCACGGUACAGCUAGUUAUCUCUUUACUCUGCUUUUACAGUUUUGUUUUUGGAAUGUCUUUAGUAGUUCAAAAUUUGAGUUUAUUUUCUAAUGUUUUCGUCCAGUGAAUGCUCUAGAUAGGAAACACAUUUAAUCUUGCUAGAGAUGAAUAUCUUAAUGUGUGGAAAUAAAACAAAAUGUAGUUUAUAACACAAUGAACUGCUUUUAAAGUGUUUGUUUAUAGAUGCACUAUCCUCUGUUGUUUGUUCUUGUUUGUCUGAGAAGGAGAUAUAUAUAGAGAUAGAGAGAGCAUUCGUGUUCAAAAAGAAUUUCUGUGUACAAUCUCUUUAUAUUCCUAUUUCUGUGAAAAUCGACGGCUAAUUAUGGCACUGUUUCAGUUAUUAGCUUGAAAAUGAAAUGUCUUUUAUGAGAUCUGGUCUACUGUUUGUCUGUAAAACAGAAUAUGUUCUUGUUAUCGCAGACAGUGGGUGUAGAUAAAAUACCAUCUCGAAGAAUAUUUGAACAGAGCCUUGGUCUUUAAUUCGUUGAAUUAUAUCCGGAUAAAGACCAUAUUCAUGACACAAUAGGAAGAAGCAGAUGGGAGAUUCCAGAGGUUAAACUGCAGUAUUACAAACUGACAUUCUUUAAGGUUUGCUUUUACUCUCAUAUCCUGUAUAUAAAAAUCCAUUUAGCAAACCCAUGGAAACAAUGACGUUGUGUGUGUGUAUUGAAUGAUAAUCCUCUCUUUAUAUUACUUUUGUAGAUUUCGAGAAGGCAUUUGACAUUAUAGACAGGGAUGUCAUCUGGCGGCUAAUGAUCCA